AUGGCCCAAAUGGUGGUUCUCUCUUCCGGAGAGAGAAGAAGCCCCCAUGCUCGCUUCUUCCUUCUCUCUCUCAAUGAUGACUUAAAUAGGAGGAAAGGGGCCAGUGAUAGAAAAGAGCCUUUUCCUCAUCUUUUCUCUUAACUUCUGAGCUAUAUAAUUUGCUGCUACCCCUUGAGGGUAUCUGGAGCGAUGCCAUCCAGGCUACCGCCGAUGCCGGCGGACCCGCCGGAUCCCUCCGCGGCCCUUCUUCCCCACUACCACCACCGCCCCCGCCCCACCAUCCUGGUCCCCGUGGUUUUCGCCGCGGCAGCACUCACAGCCAUCGUGCUCGCCGUGCUCCUCUACCGCCGCCUGGCCCGCGGCAGGGCAGCCCCCACAGUCCCCGCCGAUCUGAAGCCCGCUCCGACGAGCACCCUCCGCCGGUUCUCCUACUCCCAGCUCCGCCGCGCCACCGCCUCCUUCUCCCCCUCCCACAAGCUCGGCCAGGGCGGGUUCGGGCCCGUGUUCCGCGGCGCCCUCCCCUCCGGCGAGGAGAUCGCCGUCAAGCUCAUGGAUUCCGGCUCGCUCCAGGGGGAGCGCGAGUUCCAAAACGAGCUCGCCCUUGCUGGCAAGAUGCUCGCCAUGGGGCCCUCCCCGGACCGUGGAUGGGUGGUGGCUCCCCUCGGGUACUGCAGCUCCGACGAGAAGCGCCUCCGGCGUCGGUGGUGGCGGCGGUGGCGGGAGGCAGACGUCGAGGAGGAGGUGGUGGUGGAGGCCUCCGCCGUCGUCGGGGGGACAGGGCGGAGGGUGCUCCUGGUGUACGAGCUAAUGCAUAACGGGAGCCUCCAGGACGCGCUGCUCGACCGGCGGUGCCCGGAGCUCAUGGACUGGGGCCGCCGGUUCUCGGUGGCGCUCGACAUUGCCCGCGGCCUCCAGUUUCUCCACACCGGGUGCGACCCCCCGGUCAUCCACGGCGACAUCAAGCCCAGCAACAUCCUCCUCGAUGCCCGCCUCUCCGCCAAGAUCGCCGACUUUGGCCUCGCCCGCAUCAAGACCCCCGUUGCCGACGACCUCCCGGCCGCCGCCGCCGCCAAUUUGGGCGAUAAUGAGGUGGUCGUCGAGAUCGAGCUGAAUCAGGCCGUGACCGGUGAUUCUAAAUCCUUUCCGAACGAUAGGAAGAAGGACUCAGCGGUGGGUGGAGGCGAGGAUGAUGCUUCAAUCAUGGGAGAGACUGCCGAGAGCACCACGACGACCACCGGGUUCGAGGAGUCAAUUGGAUGUGGAGGGUUUGCAAUUAAUGGUAGUGGAAAUGGUGUUAUAGCUCCUGAGAAAUCUCCAGAGGAAGAUGAGGGCUUCACCAUGGAAUCACCGGUGGAGACUGCAGUGGCCUUGGAAGUGCAAUCAACUUCGGAGACAGGAGGGGGAUUCGAUAGGAUGAGUGUGGAUAGCGGGAAGGAUACUGCAGCCUCCGGAAGCCGGAGAGGCGGCCGGAAGAAGAGCGGGGCGGGCAAGGACUGGUGGUGGCGGCAGGAUACUGGUGGGGGAGCAAAUUCCGAGUCUGGAGGCGGUGUCAAAGACUAUGUGAUGGAAUGGAUUCGGUCGGAGAUCAAGAAGGAGAGGCCUAAGAGUGACUGGAUUACAGCUUCAGCCGCUUCUGCAGAGGAUUGCUUGCCGAAGUCAUCAGGAGGGGGGAGGUCGGAGCGGAAGAAGCAGCAGCGGCGAAUGGAGUGGUGGGUUUCGUUGGAUGAGGAGAAGUCGAAGAAGAAGGAGAAGAGCCGGCCGCCGAGGGAGUGGUGGCGGGAGGAGUUCUGCGAGGAACUCACCAACAAGCAAAAGAAGCGGGCGAUUGAGAAGUCCAAGAGCAAUGCCGAGAAAGGAGAGCAACAAUGGUGGCAGAAAGAUGAGGACCUUGCGUCGCCUUCAGGCAGGAGGAAGAGGAGGAAGAAGAAGAGCUGGAGCAGGGGCAGCCGGACCAGUAUGGACUGGUGGACGGAAGGCAUCAGUGGGGACAUCAGGACCACUGGAAGGAGGAGCAGCCGGGACUGGGCAAGUGGGGAUAUCCCGAAGAGUGGCACGGUCAGCAGCACCCCAAGCAUGAGGGGCACUGUCUGCUAUGUUGCCCCUGAGUAUGGCGGUGGCGGACCUCUCUCGGAGAAGUGCGACAUCUACAGCUUUGGUGUCCUUCUGUUGGUUCUCGUAUCAGGCCGGCGCCCAUUGCAGGUGACAGCAUCUCCCAUGUCCGAGUUCGAGCGGGCCAACCUGAUCUCGUGGGCGCGGCACCUUGCUCACUUAGGAAGGCUCCUUGAUCUCGUCGAUCCAUCCCUUCGAGCUGUGGACAGGGAGCAGGUGCUUCUUUGCAUCACAGUCGCCCUCCUGUGCCUCCAGAGGUCUCCAGCUCGCCGACCGUCUAUCAAGGAGAUAGUUGGAAUGCUUACUGGCCAGUCUGAGCCACCGCACCUCCCUUUGGAAUUCUCACCAUCACCACCUGGUGGGUUUUCAUUCACGUCCCGGAAGAAGGCUCGAUGAAAGAUGAAGGAUGAUCAUUUGCAGUUAGACAAUCAAAAAUCAAAUGCUUUAUGGAAAAUUUACGAAUCCUAGUGACAAUCUUCCAAUUACAGGUUUUCUCCCUGCUUGCUGUUUGUCUUUCCUUUUUGAGGAGGUGUUCAUGUAAUUUCCCUUUUCAUUUCAUAUUUUCCACCUUCAUCAGCUGACAAAAUUGAUGUAAGGUGUUAAGCUGAUUACCCAUGGUAGCAGGUAAUUGUGUUGAUACGGAUUGGCAAGGAAUGUAGCAGCUGACUGCGGGCUUCAGCAAUCGCAGAGACCAUUUGAGUCGAUGGUGUUGCUAAAAUUAGUUAAAGAAGUUGUGUCCUCAGUUCUCAAGCGAGUCUACAACUUGUCUAUAAUCUGCUUAAUUUUGUGGCAUAUUUGAUGCACGUAGAUAGGAAGAAAAUGUGCACCCUGGUUAUCUGUUCACUUCUGGUUUGGCAGCAGACUUAAACUUCUGGGUACUGGUAGAAAAUUAGGCAUUGCCUUGGGGAUCGUCAGAUGCUCAAAUGUAUUUCGGAGCAGGAUGAUGAGGAAUUAUAAUUAUUCUUUGGUGAUGUGACAGCAAGAAGAGGUGAAGAGGCCUAUUCAUGGGCUGGAGAUUCUGAAAAUAAAUGAAUUUAAGCUUGAUAUGUAUGUACAAAGGAAGAAGAUUCUGCGAUGAGGGAAAUGAUAAUAAAUAAAUGGAGUUUUCACUUGGAAUGUGAGUGUUUUUCAUGAACCAGUACAAGAUUUGCACUGAAGUGACCUAUGAAGAAAUUAGGGGUCUAAGUCACCGCUUUGAAUAAGUUAUUCAUAAGUUAUGGCGAAAGAAGGAUAUGGACUUUUGGCUGUAAAUUGACAUGAAUUAGAAGAUUUGACAUGAAGAAUUGAAUCAGUUGCUGUAUAUUUUGGUAAGGAGCCAUAGGGAAGACGAAAUUUAUUGAGAAGUUUGCUAUAAAAUUAAACUUUUAGUCAGAGGAAAGAAUCUCAGUCCCUGAAUACUUGCCUCUCUCCAUUGCUCUCUGAGAUUCUUUCUAUAAUGUUUAUAAAGUGUCUCAUUAGCUGAGUGCUUCAGGGAUUUUAUUGAAUGCAUGUUUGCAGACAUGAUGUGGAUAAGCUAUUAUGUUAUAGUGUCUUGGAGAUUUUGCUGAUUCUCUAGAUUGCUUUAAAUUAUUGCUUUAAAGGUCACGGAAUAUUGGUGGUUAUAAAAAUCCCA